AUGCCCAACCUCAUCGACCCCCGGUAUUGUUGCUGCGCCAUCCCCCUGGUCAACGCAGGAAUCUAUGCCAUCCUCCUCGAGCAGAUUGCAGUGGCCAUGGCCACGGGUGUUCUGUGUUUGGUUGCACCGAGUGUGACUGGUGCCGAGGCGCCGAGUGUGUUGACAUAUGUCCUUGCUGCCAUAUGCUUUGUCGGCGUGGUCGCACAGCCCAUCGGCUUCUUUGGUGUCUUCCGCGAGAAGACCACCACGUUCCGCGUCUACUCGCUGGUCAACGCGAUCCUGACCGCUGCUGCACUCAUCGUUGCAGCCAUCAUUAUUGUCAUUUCGGCAGUGAACCACAACAAGGCUGUGUCCAAUUGCCAGACCGAUUUCUUCUCGCCCACCAACACUACUACCACGGCUGCUGAGCAGACCCUCACUGAGGAGUCCAAGAUGCUUUGCAUGGCUUUCGCCUGGGCCGACAUUGGCUUUAUGGGAGGUCUCUGGGUCAUUCUCUUUGUGACGCAGACUUACUUUGUCUGGACCUCGCGCGGCUACGGUGUUGCCCAGGUGUCUGACCACAAGCUCUAUCACUCGGUCUACUCUGAGAACCCCGAGGCGUUCACCAUGUCGAUUCUCCAGUCGCGCCGCUACAACCCGGACUCGGUCAUGUUCACCAACUCCAUGUACGGCGGCGCUGCCCCUCGCCCAAGCCACGGCGGUGACGCCUGGGACCACCGUCCGUCGUAUGAGAGUGGCCGCCACGAGCCCGGCCCAGAGUCUGGAGGCGCCUACUACAACCACCAGCGUGGAUACUCUGAUGGGCGUGCCGAUGCCGGCCAGUUUGACGACUACAACCCCAACCAGCAGCACCCGGACCAGUACACAUUCAACGCUCCUGGCGCCGGUUACGUGGACGGCAACGCCGCUGCUACUGGACCAGGUCAUGUUCACUACGGCAACCAGGAGUACGCUCACGACAGCGCAACCGCCCCUCACGCGUACACUCCGCAGACCCACUAG